GAGAUGGCCCGUACUAAACAGACUGCCCGCAAGUCCACUGGAGGCAAGGCUCCACGGAAGCAGCUUGCCACCAAGGCAGCUCGCAAGUCCGCCCCAGCCACCGGUGGUGUCAAGAAGCCCCAUCGUUACAGGCCCGGAACCGUCGCCCUUCGUGAGAUCCGUCGUUACCAGAAGAGCACAGAGCUACUCAUCAGGAAGCUGCCCCUCCAGCGCCUGGUGCGUGAGAUCGCCCAGGAUUUCAAGACUGACCUGCGCUUCCAGUCGUCUGCCGUCAUGGCUCUGCAGGAAGCCUCUGAGGCUUACCUGGGUGGCCUUUGA